GUCAUUGGAGCUGAUUCAGUCAGGUGGAUUGGGGUGGCUGUGAGAUGGCGGAAAGAGGCAGCGAGCAGCCGGGGUUAAUCCGUCUUUGUUUUGCUGCCCCGCAGUAGAACUUCUCAGUGUCGAGUCCGGUUCGGAGACACACAGAGAAUUCGCUUACGGCGCAAACAUGUCCUGGAAACGAGCCAGGAGUGGAGAAUCUCCGAUAAGCCGACGCGCAAAAGACGUCCCGGAGCCGCUGCAGGAGAGUGCUCCCUCCCCGACCCUGCCUGCGGAUCAUGUGCUCCGCUCCGGAGCGGUGUUAUUCCCUGGUACUUUUGAUCAACAUGGUUGCCCUCUGGUUAUGUUCCCAGUGGAUGGGCAAUACAAACUCUCCUCAGACCUCAGCAAAGCUGAAGUGGUGGACUUCAUAAAUUACUUUCAGUAUCAGCACAAUAAGAAACUGGAAAAGCAGAGCAUGGUGUCAGUCGUGGCUGAUCUGAGGGAUGCCUCACUCUCUACCAUCAGUUUCAUUGUCGAGACUCUACUGCUGCUUGAGCUACAAAAGCGCACAGUCCACACUGUGUACAUCCUUCAGCCCAAAAAAAAGGAUCUUGAGAAGCUAAUGCUGAAGCUGCUGGCUCCAUCGAAGGAUUAUCCUGCUUCUUUCAAAAGGGUCCUUCUGAGAGAAAUCCCAGAGCUCCAGAACUACAUUGAUCGAAGCCAGCUACCAUGGUCACUGGGUGGAUACCUCAUGUACCGUCAUCAGAGCUGGGUUGCCUUCAUUAAGGAGAUUGAUGCGUUUGUCCAGGAGUUUGUGUCUGUAGUCCAGCGGCUGCCUUCAUGCAUCUCUGCACUGCAGGCUCUGUCCAGGCUGCCACUGCCCACCACCGUCAGCGAGCUCCGGCAAUUCUGCUUCGGCACUGAAGCCAAGUUUCAGCAGCUCAGGAGGGAGUUGGGGCUGGAGGAGCUACUGAGGAACUGUGAGAACUUGGUGGGGAAGCUGCGUUGGCCUGACAGGGAGCCGUGCUUCCAGGAUAUGGCUGGAACUGCCCUCUUCACUCAGAUGGCCUUUGAUAUGCUCCAGAACCAUAGCAGGAUAACUGCUGCUGUGGAAAAAGUGGAGUUGCUGUGGCAGCAGCUGUUUUCUAAAGCUCGUUUAAGGCUACGUGUGUUCCAGUUGCGUGAUAAUGCGCUGCAGGUUUCUGAGAAGAUUGAAACUCUUCUUCGAGAGAAGAUCCAGCCCUUCAAAGUAGAGAUUGCCAAGGACCCUACAAAAGCUGUGAUUCUGGUGUCUGAAUUUGAAGCAUCCAUCCACACUCCUGCUAUGGCACUUGUUCGCUGGGCUGAAGAUGUAAUCCAGGCUUCAGCAGAGAUUCCCCCCUUGGACAGUCAGCCCACAGGGAGCUGGGCUGCAGAUCUGGAGAGGCUGAAGGACAAACUUGACUCUGCCGUGAACUUGAUUCUGCAAACCCUCAGAGCAGUUUCCAGCUACCAUCGCUACUACAGCAAGGCCAGCUGCUGGUACAGUCUGGUCCUUUGCCAGAACUUCCUCCAGGAGCUCCUGUUGGGUGUUCGUGAAGAGGCUUCCUCCAUCCAGCUGCAGCAGAAGAACUGGGGGAUGAUGCCUGGGUGGAGAUGGAGGCUGUCCACUUUUCUGAAGAACAAUCCCCCUCCAGAAAUGGAGGAGCUGCUCCAUCUGUCUCAUUUGGCAAAUGCAAUCCCAGAUGAUGAGAUCCAGCAGAUGGGGAAACAAAUGUCUCAAAGGUGCUUGACACUGAGGAAACUUCUAAGCUCUUCAGGACCAGUGGCUGUCGAACAACUCCAGAUGGCCCUACAGUGGCAGUAUGAGUUACUGAGGGGCAACCAUGUGAAUCUCUUAUCUGCUGAUUCUACCACGUCAAAACCUGUGCCACACCAAGUUUCAGAGUCAAACCUCGCUAAAUGUAAAGGUGGUAAAGAAGCUGCCCAUGUCUUUGGAACAUCUCCCUUGUCCGGAGGUUCAGGGUCGGUGUCAGCUACGGGCAAACCGUCCUCCCCGUUUGCUGCAACCAGAGACUUUGCAAUACCUGCCUCAAGCCCGCCUCAAAUCCAUGACAUUAUUUCCAGUGUUUCAGAUUGUAGGGCUCACAGAGAGGAGCAUGACUUGGGCUCUAUAGGAAGCUCUCCUAAAGCUGAUUUGCUGAAUCAGUUUGAGAUCAAAGUAAAGCGCAUAGCUGCUGUGUCCAGUAACCCUUGGCUUAGCUUGCCGGUAGAGGAUUUGGAAAACUCUUACACUGUCAGCAGUACACAAAAUCCAGCACCUCAAAAAGUUGAUCACGAUUCUUCAGAUGAGCAUGUCAAUGGCACCCAGGCUAGCAGGUCUCAAAUUCAGCCUACACCGGAGGUUUUAAGGAGCACAGAACCCAGAGGAUCACAGAGCAGGGACUGGAUAUUACAUCCACAAAGUUGUGUGGAACAUCCUGAACUAAGUCCCAUUUGCAGUGUUCUCUCCAGCACAGUUAUUGAAGGAAAAGACAAGUCCAUCUGUUCCACAGAGGGGGUUCCCACUCUACUCUGGGAUUCUUAUGACCUCCAUGACCAAAAUGAAGAUGAUGAUGACGAUGAUGGCGAGUUGUCCAUGAAGGACUGGGAUGUGAAGGAAGAGGAAGGUCUGAGGGAAGUGGAGAAUAUCUUGGACAAGGCUGAUGAAAUAUUAGAGGAGGAGGAAAAUGUUCUGGCUCAGGAAGCUGUGCUAGAUGCACUGCUGAGGACAGAGGACAGGCAGGGUGUCUGGCGAUUGUGUGAUGGUGAGGACCAGCUUGAUACGAUGUCGUCCUACGAGCUGGCUGAAGCUGGUGUUCUUUGUUUCGAUGACUGCGUUGACUCUGCAGAAUCUGACUGUUUCAUUGACCUCGUGUCGGCUGGGUCUGCACGUGAAGCUAAUGCGGAUGGGCUUUACAGUGAAGCUCCAACGGUAUCUGACAGCAAGCCAGACCUGCUGAUGGAACUGAGAAAGGUUCAUAUCCUGGACGGGUUAAUCAUGGAAGAGAACUUGCAGAUCAACAAGUUUCGAUGCAGUAAAGAGAAACUCCACACUGAGCUCUCGGAGAGCAAACCUGUGGGUACAAAUGUGUUACUGACUUCACGCAAUGAGAGGGAGGCUUCACAUUUGCAGCUGGAAAAGGAGAAGAGGGAGGUGGAGGAGCUGGAGAAACAGAAUGAGGAUAUUGAUGAAGGGUUUAAAAAAUGUUCUAUAACUGAAAGGCCUAGAAAAGAUCAUGAUGAUCGAGUGCUCUGUGAUCUCUUUCCCAAUGGUUCUGGAAGAUCAGUCGCCAGCCUUGCCAUGGAUGGGUCUGUGAAUACACGUGUGACUAAAAUUAUUCAAGAUGUUUCAGACCUUAAGGUAACCAAAGGGGCUUCACCACAAGAUGUGGCUCAACUGCCACUUUCCCAGUGUCAAGAUGCUAGUGGUUGUACAACUGGUCUGUCAGUAUAUUACAAAAUUACCUUGAACAAUGUAUUUGAUUUACAGGAACCCUCAGAAGAGGCAGGUGUCCAAUCGCAAUACAUCGAUGGGAAUGAAUUGGCCAGGUCUGCUAGUUUAUGCAGUCCAGAAGCAUCUUUAAUCCCUGAAAUGAGGGUAGAUGAUGGCACCUUUGACCCAGGUGGAAAAUCACUCCUUCCCCCUGUAGCUAAGCCAAGAAAGUCUUUGCUUCCUGUGAAUGAAGCCCGUGCUGAACUCGAAGCUCCUCACUCCACAGAGGAGUCCUUAGAUCAUUAUUUUGUAGGUGAAGGCCAACUUCCUCUACAAAAUGAAGUACUUGAAGAGCUGCCAGAGAAUGUGCCUCCAGACACCAGCCACAGCUUGGUUUCCAGUCCAAAUGUAACACAACAUGAAAACGAUAACCAUGUACCCCCAGAGAACUGUUGGGCAUCAUUACAGUGCUCGUCUGCAAUAAUGACUAAAAAUGAAAAGAUGCCCACAUCUUUACUCAAACUACAUGUGCAGUCAGCAGAGGAAAUCCACACUUCACCUCCUGCAGAUGACCACCAACUCGAACAGUCUGUAUCCCAAGUGACUGCUGAUCAGCCUCUAGAGUUUGACUCGGGUGGAAGAGACGAACCAAAUGAAAAGCUACUAGAUGGCGUUCAGAGCUCUGAGGCUCUGAGAAUCUCUGGGUCACCUGAAAGUCAGAUCCAGUUUUAUAGCCCCAUGACGGAGAUUGCAGAUUUCAAGAGUCCAAUUGUACUGGAUUCAGGCUCUGGUUUGAUAAAGGCAGGAUUUGCAGAUCAAGACCUACCAAGCAUUAUAUUCCCCACAAUAAUUGGGGUGCCAAAGUAUGAGGAAGUACUGAAUGGUAACCUUGAAAGAGAGGCCUACAUUGGUCAUGCUGCAGAACACAUGAGAGGGGUUCUGACUCUGAAGCACCCCAUAAAGAAUGGAAUCAUUCACAACUGGGAUGAAAUGGAAAAGAUCUGGCAUCAUACGUUCCAGCAGCUGCGUGUGGAACCAGAAGAUCACCCGGUUCUUUUGACUGAAGCGGCCAUGAACCCUUUGAAGAAUCGGCAGCACGCGGUUGAGAUCAUGUUUGAGUGUUUCAACGUGCCUUUCACCUAUGUAGCCAUGCAAGCAGUGCUAGCGCUCUACGCAGCGGGAAGAACCACUGGUGUGGUGUUUGACUCUGGGGAUGGAGUGAGUCACAGUGUGCCUGUUUUUGAGGGAUACUGUCUACCUCAUGCUGUGCAACGCUUUCCCCUGGCUGGAUUAGAUGUUACACUGAAUCUUAAAAAGCUUCUCCGGGAACAGGGAGUGUGCAUGCGUACCACAGCAGAGGAGGAGAUAGUGAGGGAGAUGAAGGAGAAGUGCUGCUGUGUCUCUCUCAACUAUGAAGAUGAGCUAAAUCGGGGGCAGUCAUCCUGCAGAGAGAUGCAUUACACCAUGCCAGAUGGGCAGAUUAUUACCCUCAGCACAGAGAGGUUCAGGGCACCUGAGAUUCUGUUCAAACCUGAGCUGAUUGGACGGGACCAUUAUGGGAUGCACGAAAGCAUCUACAGGUCAAUCCUCAGCACAGACAUUGACCUGAGGCGCUGCUUCCUGGGAAACAUUGUACUUUCAGGUGGGAACACUCUGCUGCCCGGCCUGCCUGAGCGACUGCAGGAUGAAAUCAAAGGCCUGCUGCCCUCAGACAUGGGGGGCAGUGUUUGUGUAACCAGCCCCAAAGAUAGAGACUCCUCAGUGUGGAGAGGAGGAGCAGUGUUGGCAAAUAUGCCUACCUUUACCUCUGCAUGGAUCAGUCAGGACGAAUACGAGGAGUAUGGACCGCAGAUAGUCUUCAGGAAGUGCUUCUGAAUCGACUGAAAGGUUGAUGGCUCAUUUCAUCAACAGUGCUGCUGGCUGCUGAGCCAGCGGGACUCAGCUGUUGUCCCUCUCUGUGGAAUCUUUUGUUUUUCUUAAUUUUCUCUCCCCUGUUCUUUAGUGGAGGUUUCCUGCUUACACCUUAUGCACUUCCUAUACAGCCCACUAACACGGCAAUAAGGAAGUUGAUCAAAACGUUCCAAUCAUUACUAUUGUCGUUGCUAUCACUAUAAAACCUCUAAGUGUGUCUUAAAUUCUAAAUUUCUGUGUCCCAAGAACUUAAGCCUAAAUAUAUUCAUGUUCUGUGAUUAAGGGGCUGAAACUGAAGCUGCCCUUUAAUUCAUGUCUUUCUUUGUUUCCAGAAUAUGCAAUUGAGAAACAUGAAGAAAUUUUGAUGUGUCAGCUUUAAAUUGUGCAUUAAUCUGAUAUUGUCAAAAACCUUAUUUAUUGUUUUUGCUUUUAUGUGAAACAUGAUACUUGCUUUUACACAUGGUAGUCCAGCUGUAAUCUGCUGUGGUUCUUUAUGCACUGAAUGUUGAGUAUUAAGGGCUCUGCAGAAUUUAUUCUUAAAAAAUCUUCUGCAAUAAUGGAUUUGUCACAAUGCAACUUUCAGUGAUUCCUUUAGUUAAUACCACAUUUUCGUUGUAAUAUGACUCAGAUUGUCAUCAUAACACAUGACAGAAUAUAUUUGUUUUUAAUUUAUUUUUCUGUGCAGAAUCCCUUGAAUGGAGUGGCUCCUAAUACUCAUCAGAUGGGUGCAUUGUACAUGAGUUUUUCCUGAGGUCAUUGUUGGUUCUUCUCAGACCUCGUUGCACGUGUUGCUCUGGUACAUUGUGAACUCUGUAUAAUUUUUCAGUGUGGAGGUUGUUUUUUGUUUUGUUUUUUUUGUGUGUAGGGGACCAUUGUGUGUUUUACAUGCAUUCUUGCACAAGUUAUCCUUUUUGUGGACUCUGUUCCAGUGAUGCCAAACUGCUCAAUUCCUGUUAAAUUCUGAAGUAAAACAAACAGUGGCAGCCCAUGCUGUUAGACUUGGUGAACAUUUAAAGAUUUUUUUAUUAUUUAUUCUGUGCAUGAAAUUCAGUUGCAUGAGUUUGAAUUCCAUGUGUGUGUCUGUGUUGUUUUGGACUUGUGUGUGUACUUUGCAUGAAUUUUGUAUUUUUAAGUGUCUGUCUAAAAGCAGAGGGUUCGUCAUGUGGCCUAGAGCUCUGCUCUUAUGGGGAAAUUACUGAGCGGUGACAGCAGGAGCUGCCGUUUCAGGCAAGUUUGAAGUGAACAGGCUCAUGGAUUGUGUGGUUCUUCUAAUUGUAGUUAAAAGGCUGGGCCAAGUCCAGCAGUGUUUUUCCUGAACCAUGUCAAUUUUUUUUUUAAAUAAAUAUUGUAAUCAUCAUCCUGCUGUGCUGACUUUGUUUCAGUUGUAGACGUCUCUGAAUGUUGAGGCUAAAACGGAAAUGGAUCUGCUUUUUCAUAUUUGCCUAAAUGUAACCAGUGUGUUCCUGUGUUGUAUGAUAAUCAAAGGUAAGGAAAGUUUAUUUAUAUAGCACAAUUCAACAACACGGUGAUUCAAAGUGCUUUAG